AUGAAACUACCACCAUUCGAUGCAGAAUUAAAUUCUAAGUCGAAUGGUGUAAUUUUCAUGGACGGGACAUACUUGAAAGUCUUUGCAAUUCCAAUUGAAACAGUUCAUCUCUUUCGUGAUAUUGAAAGUGCUCGCAUUGCAUUUAAUAGUAAUGGUUCAUUAUUUUAUAAUCUUCGGUAUUUUGAACAAGUUUAUUGGGAUGAUUUGAAACCAUUUCUCAACGGAAAUUGUUCAUCAUCAAUUGAAAUUGUUCGUCGUUUAAUUAAUUUUUAUUAUAUGGUCACUUGUCAUGAAUUAUCUCAUAAUAUUGAUUCAAAUCAUGAUUUAAAUUUUAUUAAUCGUCUUGAAAGAGUUUCAGCAAGAUUUAUGGAUCAACGAGAUUCAUUUAUAUCGACAUUUGGUUUUCAAUAA